CUAUUCAGAGCUUUUGCAAACCCGAGGAGCACACGCAGCGCAGCUGGUUAGCUACAAUGUGAAUAUCCGUCCUUGUUGCUGUUUACAUACAAGUUAUAGGGAACUUCUAGAUUGUCUUCGGUUGGGCUUCUUUUCUGGAGGGGCCAGUACACCAGGAUCUCUAGGCUCAGAAGACAAUCCCAGACUGGGGUUAGAGGCUAGACGUGGGCCCCACUAUCUGACUACAGACAAAACCGAUUCAUAUAGAUUCCAGGGAAAAGCCCUGACCGUAUUCAUCAUUCAGAGGCUAAGGAGGAUACCGAAGGAAGAUUAGUGGGCAGUGUUUCAAUAAAGGAAGAGGUUAGUGUGCCAUGGCCUCCAAACCACACCCUCCUCUAAUGAAGAAACACAGCCAGUCGGAUCUGGUGAGCAGGCUGAAGACCAGGAAGAUACUGGGGGUCGGCGGAGAGGAUGACGAAGGAGAGGUUCAUAGAUCAAAGCUUAGUCAGAUGCUGGGGAAUGAUAUCAAGUACCAGGUGCGAGAGCCAGUUGGUCUGAGGGUCUGGAUCUUGCUCUCUGCUGUGGGCUUCACGGUCAUGUCCCUGAUGGCCCUGGUGUUUCCCAACCAGCUGUAUGAGGUGAUGUUUGAAGAGGAGAUCAGCAACGCUACGGUCUCUAUUAGACUCUAUGGAGGAGCCCUGCUUAGUCUAUCCUUAAUAUUUUGGAAUGGAGUCUAUACACAGGAGAAAAUCAUCAUUCAGUGGACUCUGCUCAGUGAAGCUUGCUACUUUGCCGUCCAGUUUCUAGUGACGUCUGUUACCCUGGUGGAGAUGGGCUCGUUGCCCAGUGCUGCCCUCCUGCUGCUCCUGAGCAGGAUGCUCUUCCUCGGGGUCACCCUGCUCUACUACCACCACCUGGGCAGAGGACGGCCCAAGAAGGUCUGAGAGGACCGGCCUUCAUCCAACUAAGGGAGAUGUUCAAUGUUGUGCAGCUAGAAAUGUAAAGUGUAGAAUUUGACAUGAUUCACAGUACUGCAAGACCAACCGCCCACUCAUGCCUGGACACAAUAUAUCUAUGUCAGAAUGCUAGACCCUGGGGUUUGCGCAGGCAGCCCAAUUCUGAUUCUGUUUUUCACUGACCGAUCUGAUCAGACCAGCUCUGGACAGGAUCUGAUGUGAUUCGGCAACUGGCCAGUUUGCAGACCAAAGAUAAGAGUUGGGCUGCCAGUGUAAACACAGCCUGAUGAACCACAGCAGCCAAAGACAAGUUACAGAGGUCUCAAUCUGUGAGGAACCAACAAAGCAUCUGGUUGUGAAAGUAUAUUCUGUACGCUACUCAUAAAAGAAAAAGGAAAAAAAAAAGGUUCUGUCAGUGUACAGACAGCUGGUAUCGUUUUGGCGAUUGGGUUGUUUUGGUACUGUUCCGGCCAAUCACGUGACUGUGUACAUUCCAAAUGACACCCUAUUCCUUACAUAGUGCACUACUUCUGAGCAGAUCCCUGGUGACUCCCAUUAAAACAUAGUGCUCUAUAAGGAAUAGGGCACCUAUUUGGGAUUGUCCUGGGAUGUAACCUGAAACACCGGGCUGUGUUUCCAUGUAGAGUCAUUCUAGACAGUUAAUUUUUGUUUUCCAGCGUUCCGUGUGUGUUCUGGGGCAGUUGGAAGAGAUGUGCUUUAAACGUUCUGUCCCCAUCAGAGUCAAGCGCUUUAAAGGUCUUGUUUAGUUUUUAUGGUAUUGUUUGGUGGUUGUUUUAACUCCUCCUGUGCACCAAUGUGAACACAGCACCAUGUCCUGCGUUUUUUUUUUUAAGUGGCCCCCGCCCAUGCUGUCCAUAUCUACUCAGAGGUCCACCUGACACACACCGGGAAAGACUUUCAGAACAUUGGGGGUUCUGAUUGUCCAAUGAGUAUAGAGAUGCUAGCCUUGGUUCCAGAUCUGUUUGUGCUAUGUUUGCAACUUAGCAAGACAACCGAAACACACCUGGAACCAGGCUAGAGAUGCCUCAUCCCCUAAAUGUUGAAACUGAGCAUAGAAUAUGAAGCACAUAGGGAAUCAACAUUUUUUCAGGGAUGAUAACAUUAACUCCUCAAGUUUUUGUCAAAAAAGGUUUGACCAAAGUGAACUAAUUCUUGACAAGAUGUCUAUUGGCAGCCUACUGUAUAUGUACACUGAAAUAUUUAGUGUCCAUGAAACAGUGUAACUUUGGUAAUUAAUUAGUUAACAGCCACUUGGAUACUGAGGGUUCUCUUGUUUUUCUGUGUUCAUGGUUAAAUGGAAUGUCAACAUGAAAACCAGGGAAAAUAACACUUGCUUUCAAUGUGUCAGCCAUCACGCAGUGCAUGUCAGUGUACCAGUUAGGAGGUUAUUUAAAAAUGUAGCAUCAUUGUAUACACAUUCAUAUUUAAAUCCUGCCUUAUACAUCUUCAAACAACAGUCACCACAUGAGUCACACAGAGUGUACAUGCUUGUAAAUAAUGUAACCAUCUACUGUAUACUGUACCAAUGCCAUGCGGUGAAGUUCUUCGUAACGGAACAGGGAAUACGUAUCAAUUUCUUUAGCUCAUUACUCAAGUAAUAUUUUCUAGGUUUCUAGUAAAAUUAAGUUGAAUUAAAGGCCCAAUGUGGGAUUUAAGGAGUAAUCUUGUAAUGGUGAGAAUCGUGUUUUGCAGUUGUUUCUGCUCUAUUUAAUUGAAUCUGUUUGAUAUGUUGUAACUACUGUAUAUUGGCAACAGCCGUUUUUGAUUAUAUGUUAGACAGUUGCAUGCAGUCUAGUACUCUGUACAGAAAUGUAGCCCCUCCAUAGUUCUUUUGUAGCACAUAACCCAAGGUCGUACUAUGGUCUAGCAUGGUGUUUAUGGUGGAGGAGAAAUGGGCGUUAGCCAUGAACAUGAAAGUAUUUUAAUUUUGACAAAAGAGUUGAAAAUUAUUUUUCUAUUUGUGCGUGUUGUCGUUACUGGUACUUUAUUUUCCUUCGCAUUAAGCCCUGUAUGUAAGUACAAUGUUCUUUCACAUGUCCUCUAGUCCAGGAGUAAGUCAGUGUUACCCUGCAAGGUCCAGGGGACUGUGUCUGGGUCCUUCGUCAUUUAGUUUAAAAACUCAGUUGUCUGUGCUAGAGACCAUGGAUCUUUAUGUCCAAUAAAUGGGGUUUGAAAGGGUGGGAAAAAGGAAAUUAGGAUUAUUUAGCCAAUUUUGUCAAGGCAACCAAACACCGCUGACCCUCAGAUCUACAGGACUGGCUGAACAUCCUGUGCUGUUGGCAUAAAGUAAUAUGCUGGUCGCUCCUACUGCAAUCUGCUGAGCGUUCCAUACAUUAACACACACGUCACAAAAGAAUUCCCUCUUAACGUGCAAUUCGUAGUCCGGCCUCCUCCAGUUCUGCGGACCGUCAUGACAACCGCAGUGAUUACAGAGUUUUAAAAAGACUCCACCUCGGUCAUGCUAGGUGAACCUUUAAAUCAUCCGCCUUGCGAAAUGCCUCAAAUUACUUAAGAGCCACUCAAUUUUGGUGAGCUGUUCUUUUUCUCAUGGAAAAGAUGAAAGUUGAAAGCAAUAUAUGCAACAUAAAAAGAUUUGACUAAAUCACAAUCUGUAUGUCUAUCGUUACUGCCUUCGGGAAACACUUGUCUGACUAGAUUUAAGUGAUUUGGGUACCGUGUGGCUUAAGUCAAGUUCAGAUGUUUACAUUUCUCAUGUAUUCUGUUUGAAACCUGUACCAGUUUGGAUGAUUUUAGAUCAAUACUGUAAAAUGCUAGUUUUUUUUUUUUUUGUACACUGAAACAGUAUUUACUGUGCCUCAAAGGAUAAUUCUGUCAUGGACUUCCACAGUUUGAAAUAAAUGUUUAUUAAUUUUUGAGCCUCCUGAA